AUGGCUAAUCCACCUCUGAUGCUUGGCCUGCACGCCAGCCUCGGUGACUGGCUCCUAGAGUUUCUGACUGGUAGGCACCAGUCUGUCAGGAUUGGUCAUAGGACUUCAGACAGCAUUACUACAAACACAGGAACUCCACAGGGAUGUGUUCUCAGCCCCAUCCUAACACUAACCUCCCACAAGGACAUCAUCAUCCUAAAGAUCACAGACGACCACUGGCAGGACGACGCAGUCUACAGGAUGGAGGUGGACAGUCUGGUCUCAUGGUGGACGACCCUCUGUCACUGCUCCUGUUCUCCUGCAAAUCGAGGCACCGGCUGGCACCACAAAGUGCACCAAUGGCCAACUUCUGUGCACACUGGGCGCCAGCACAAGUUGGUCAUUCCUGCUGAGGUCCCAGACAAGAAGUUCGUUCUUGUUGUUGGGGCAUCCCAUCUGCGCUCCCUUGCAGAUGGGAUUGUGCUGGUGCCAGAAGAUCACUACAGCUUUGGCUUCAUGUCGACUCCAGGGGCGUGCGCGGAUCACCUUAGGACUGAAGUUGUUCACGCUGUUCUUCCUCGGACCCCUGAUGCUGUUUGUCUCAUUGCCCCUGGAAACAACCUGACGGCCAGCACCACGCCCAAGCACGGGGGCGCAGUGUUUCACUGCUACCUGGUG